CGCGUCAAGCUAUCGGUGGCGUCGCGCGCACGCCACACUAAGUUAGAGGGUUUGGAAAUGCUAAAGCGCCACCUCACUGAUAUGCACACGCACACAAAGCAGACGGAUCCGCUCGCGAAGCUGGGACCUAUCUACUGAUCCUCCAGGUCUUAGUACAAAACACGGGAAUCUCGUCCACGGCAGGUCCUCUUUAUGGGAGCGGACACAAGGAUGGUUAUGUAAUGGGUCUUGGAGAAGUGCCCGGGAAACAUUCCCUUCACGUGGAAAGCAGAAUGAGCAGGUUUCUUUCAGCCGAGAAGAAGUUUGGUUUCGACCUGAAGCACAUCAGGAAAUAAGGAAUCACAGUUAUAAGGGGAUAAUAACAGAAUAUAGAGCAGCUGCAGAACAUUCUCACUGAUCAAGAGAGGGUAUUCUGGUUCGCACCUUUGGAUUGUACGUUUUUCGCCUGGCUGGCAGGAAAACAUUUUGGAGUACGUUAUUUGGAUCUUGUGAAAUAUCUUGAAUCUUUGGGAAAGCUAACGAAUUCCCCCAACAUAUCAGAGACGAACGCUUGCCCAUCAUGGAAAUUGAAAUGUUGAUGUUAUAAAGAUACAUUUAUGGUCAAAUGACCGUCUUCACGCGCUCUCUAAUCUAACGACCCUGGUAUAUCUAUGAGAUGGAAAAACGGGGACUCAACGGCGUCCUUUAUUAUUUAAUUCUUAACGCACCCUUGUUCUUCUGUGUAAAUGCUACGUUUACUGAAGUGCCCAAAGAUGUGAGUGUCAGUGAGGGAGAAGACGUUGAGAUGCCGUGCGCCUUUCGGGCCAUCGGAUCAUCGCCCUUCUCGCUUGAGAUCCAGUGGUGGUACCUAAAGGAGACGACACCUAAAGAACUUGCACACGAACUGCAAAUAAGCGCACCGGCGAACAGAGCCAAGGUCACUCAAAAGGAUGCCACAAAAAUAAGCACUGUGAGGGUGCAGGGCAGCGCCAUAUCUCACAGGCUUAGUCUCUCCAAGGUGCGAAAAGAGGACGAAGGGGUGUACGAGUGCCGGGUUUCCGACUUGUACUCCGACGAGACUCAGGAAUACAAGGUUCAAGCCACCCUCCGGGUGAUUCCGCGUGAUGGCAUGGUGGCCGAGGAGGCCGUGUCCCACAUUCAGAAUAGAUGGCCACUGAGGAACAGCAAGGACGCGGUGGCCGGGGGGCGGGCUACCUCUGAGCCGGGUCAGGGAAAGCCUCGUGUGCCUCCUCCAGCGGGAAAUGGCCCCCUCCCCUCCAGCACGAUGACCACCGCCUCUGCAGCAAAGUCCUCAGCUUCGCCAAGGCCCGGCAAUGCGGCCAUCCUCCGGCAGCAGCACGGAGCUGGUUCUGGAGCCAUUACCACCACUGACCCGUUCCUCUUCAUCACUCUCCUGAUCCUGCAUAAGCUCCUCCCCUUCCUGUUUACCCAAUAAGAGACUUCAACCAAACGACGACCCGAAAGUUUUCACUUUAUGUACCAAACAACGAAAGGGAAAUAUAUAUAUAUAGAUGUAUACCGUUACGGCACAUCACUGAGGGUGAGGAAACGAAUGGCAAAGAGAAGAGAAGAAAGGACUGACGAUAUAAGGACUGAAUGAAAGAGAAGGAGGAGACGUGGUCUUCUGACUGGGACUAAUGGGGGACACGUCUAAGAACUGAAUGUAUAUGAAUUGUGUGAGAAGCAUGAAACAAGGAAUCUAUGUGAAUAAGAACUUCACAGCAACGUCGUACACACAACCAACAUCCACUAAACGCUGCAUCCUGUUUCCAAAUAGUAUCUGCCGUGCUUCAUGCAUGGCUGUUCUUAUUUAUUUUCGGGUGGAUAUCUUUGGAUGUUUUAUUUUCUAUUUGUAUUAUAUUUUCAGUUCAAUGGGAUUUUUAUUUGGAUUUCAUUUUUCAGGAUUUUGAAAUUAUUUUGAUCAUAUCUGCUUCUGGACGAUUCUUUUUUUUUGUAUUCGAAAAGAGAUCCGCUCCUCAUGUUUGUUUAGGUUGAUUUGCAUGAGCUGUUGAGCAGAAACCCAUCAUGUCUUUUCGCAGACGUCAAAGAUGGGGCUUUUUUUUUAAAUGUUCGGUUCAUUCACGGAGACUGUGAGUCUGUGUCGUUCUGUUGCCCCUCUCUCUCUCUUCCGCUCUCUCUCUCUCUCUUAUGAUUUCUCCAAAGCGUUGUUUCAUGAUGUAUACAAAUAUGACCUUAUAUAUUUUGAUUAAAUAAGGCCCACAUUACCAUAGUUGUUGUUAGUCACCUUCAAUAAUGUUUAUUUUUUAUUAAAGAUAUGGUGGUCAAAGUUAAGACAUUCAUUUAUAAAUACAAAACAAACAAAAAGACGUAUUGGUAUGUUGCCAAAACCAGUUGAAAUAAAAGUUGUUGUUUUUUUUCUCAAUAAAAAUUGACAUCAAAGGCCUUACAUGUGAACAUUAAAUCUAUGAAGCUUUCUUUGACCCUACAGGAAACCAUGUCUCAGUGCUCCCUAAAGUAUAUGGUUGACCCAUAUCAUGAGAUGAAUCUUUCCCGUGAACUAGAAGUGAAUUAGGUAUGUAGGUCACUGUCCAGACUGAUCUUUCUUGCCAGUGUGUGCUCCACAAGCGCUAAUAAUAAUGUGUAAUGAAGCCCCUGUGUGCAUCCCUGUCCGUGUGUACCUCUCCAAAGUCAGUUGCAGUGCCAGUGUCUUAGCUCCAUUGAAUCCAUGGGAGAUAUGUGACAGCUGAGCAGCUGUUGAUACUGGCAAAGCAGACGUGAAAGGUACCACUUGAGCGCCCACGUUGUCGACUGAGGGUCGCAACGCAGUCCCCUGGGAGUGGUGAGCUGUGAUGAAGUCUUUCCGGCAGGAUAGGCACACAUUCAGUGGAAGAAUUCUCGCUCGUGUAAGCAUGUCUAACUAACAAAAAACCCCCAAAAAAGGAGUCACAUGUGCAUCCCAGGGAAGAGCAACGGAAACUCCCUACCUAGUCUCCUCUCCGUUGUCUGUUUCCCUUUCAUCGUUUAUCAGUUUACCACAUUACUAUUGGUGGAGAAUGGGAAGACUGGUUCCACUUUGAACUUUAGUUUGGCUCCAGACAAUCCUUUGGUCUCAAUAGAUGUCUAGCAGACAUGAUAUAAAACACAAACAGAGCUCCCAUUGCAAGUGUUGAAUGCCAACGUCUUCUGACAUUUGGUAGGUUAUUAUCUUUCCCUUAUUAAACUAUUGUUUUGAUUCACUCUUGUGUACGGACUGCAUUUGUCCCAAAAAGUGAAUAUCGCCACUAAAUAAUACACAGGUCAGAUAGGCAAAAGCUAACAGCAGCAAAACGGCAGCAACAUUAAAACAUGUUCGGUUAUGUUUCAGUUUGCCCACCAAAUGAAUGAGUGUUUGACAAGGGAUUUAAGUGCGUUACACAACAUCCGACAAGACCCUGAGUGCUCUCUAUGCCCCGUAAAUCAUUUCCUGUCAAAUUCGCAGCCCCGUUCCCGCUUUUGUCUCCUCCUCGCCCUCUAAAAGCCCAUUCUUCUAACCAAUGACUGAGCUGGACAAUGACAUCCAGGGCAUUGGACGCGUAUUAGGAAGUUUCGCCACAUCUCGUUUGCAUAAUAUAUUAGCGAGUUCUGUAGGGCGAGGCAGGCAGUCAACAAAGAGCCCAAUGGUGAUUCCUCGUCAGUGUUGGGUUCAUUCUGGCGCACGCCCCUCCUCCGCCCGUUAUGGACGGGCCAAAUUAAAGGGACAAGGCCGAGUAAGGCAGACACUGUCCUGCUCUGUGGGACUGUGGAAAUACAACUGCUGCAUAGAGAAAGGCACAUGGCAAAUACGGAUGAGCAUAUUCUCAAAUCAAGCGAUUUUCGCUGAAAAUACUUAUCGGGGAACGUUAUGAGCCUGCUAACAAGCUGUUUCUGCCUUAUUUCGGCCGGCCUUAGAAUGCACUUGACUCAGUAGCGGUGCCUUCAGACCUUCUCUCCCUUGUUCGAUUGGAGCGCCACAUCAAGUCAAAAUCAAUUCAAACUUUGUUUGUCACAUGCGCCAGAUACAACAAGUGCCGACUUUGCCGUGAAAUGCUUUACCUUACAAGCCCUUAACCAACAGUGCAGUUCAAGAAGAAGAAAAUACUUACCAAGUAGGCUAAAAUAAAAAGUAAUAAUAAAAAGUAACACAAUAAGGAUAACAAUAGCGAGGCGAUAUACAGGGGGUAGUCUAUAUAUACUAGGUGGGGUCAAUAUAUAAUUUGCUGCGUUUACUGGGUACCUCUUCUACCGAGAGGUAGAAGUAUUACCUUCAUCAUAAUCCAGAACAGUCAAACAUAGAAAAUGAAAUGCAGUAUAAACAUUUCCAUUUUCAGUAUUGGGCCAUGAGAUAACAUUUAUGGUCAGGGUGAGAACACAUAACUAAUAUCCUGUGGUGUGAGAGUAAGGUCAAAUUCAAAAGCCGUUACAAGGAGCAGCUAGAAAAACAAUUCGCCACCAACAACUGUUCGUCUGACUGGAAGGUUCUCCAACAAAUAAAAUACCCCUCAGGCACCAGGCGACCCCCCCCCCCCCACUACCAAACCAGCUGAACUAGUUCUACUGUUGUUUUGAAACAGAAAGGCCCCUCUACCAUCUAGCCCCUCAGCUGACAACACCCUCAGCCAUCAGGAGCCCCCCCCCACCCUGCCCCCAUCCUAUCUUGUAUUAUCCAAAUGCUAAAAUAUGUAUUAGAUUCUGCUGAGCCAUUUACUUUAUGUUCCUAUUCUGAUCUUGUAUUAUUUAUUUUUGUUGUUGCAUUGUCGAGAAGAAACCAGCAAGUAAGCAUUUCAUUGGACGGUGUAUACCAUGUGUAUCCCAUACAUACGACAAAUACAACAUCAAACUUAAAACCAUCUACUUCCUAUCCCGACCCCCAUCCUGACUACUCUCUCCCCUGCCACCCUCCCUCAUUGCUUCACACCCCCCCCCUCCUUCCCUCCCCUCCUCUCUUCCACCCCCCCUCCUCCCUCCCCCAGGUCUGUGGACAGUGCCGUCAACAUGGGCCUUCCCUACAUCCACCAACACCUCGACAACCCAAGGACAUGCGUGAGGAUUUUGUUUGUGGACUUUAGCUCUGCCUUCAACACAAUCAUUCAGGACCUGCUACAGCACAAACUCAACCAGCUCAACAGCACAUUAGGUGGGAAAACAUCUUUCACUCCUUAUCUCUCAGUGUGGGGGUGCCGCAGGGUUGCGUGCUCUCGCCCUCAUCUACUCACUCUAUACCAAUGACUGCGCCUCCAGCGACUCAAUGUCAAACUACUCUAGUUUUCUGACACCCCCCCCCCCGGGUCGGUCUCAUCUGUGACGGUGUACUAUAUCACCAAGUACCGUGGAGAGGUUGACUGCCUGGUGCAGUCGCCACAACCUAGAACUAAACACAGUCAAAACCCUGGAGAUGGAGGUUGACUACAGGAGAUUACCCCCACCAUCUCUCCCCCUAGAGAUUAAUGGCUCAGCCGUCAGCAGGGCCAAGUCAUUCAAAUUCCAGAGGACCAUCAUCUCCUACGACCUCAAGUGAGAGGACAACAUCACGGCGGCCACCGAGAAGGCGUACUAUCUGCGCCUGCUGAAGAAACUCAACCUCUCUCCAACAAUUCUGGUUCGGUUCUACACAGCCAGUCGAUCCUCACCUCUUCUAUCACCGAAUGGUUUGGGUCUGCGUCUGCCCCCUGCAAGGGCAAACUGCAGUGCAUCGUCUGGUCUGCGGAGAAGGUCAUCGGCUAUCACCCGCCUCCUUCAAGGACCGGCACAUCUACAGGACAAAGAAACGUGUAGGAAAGAUCAUGGCCGACCCUGCCCACCCCAGACACCCCAUCUUUCAGCCAAUCUGACCAAAACCACCUGAACAGUUUCUUCCCUCAUGCUGUAUUUCUCAUCAACCCGCCAUCGGGCUCAUGGGGAUUAAGUGACUGCCUCAAACACUAACCUGCACUAUACUACAUUGGCACUAGGUACACCUCCACACAGCACUGUAUAUUUUUGUCACAGCAGAAUCCCUUCCCCUGGAUACAUAAUGUGCCCACUUUGUCAAUUGUGCAUUCCCACUGUAAUCAGUCUAUACUCUAGAGUUGUAUGUUUUAUGGUUAUGGUUAUUCAAUAUUCUGUAUGAUGUCUUGUGUCUGUAUUCUGUUUGUACUGUAUAUUGUCUAUUGCUGGCAGCACCUUCUUACCAAGGCAAAUUCCAGGUAUGUG